AUGUAUGCUAGAAACCAACCUAAAGGACAACCACGGAUGCCAAGCUGUGGACACACAAAAAGUGCUUCCUACAAAUGCGACCAACUGUCUAGAAGGGACAUUGAACAUUUCCAUAGAAUAAUUUAUGCAAAGCUAGACAAAAUCUACCAAGACUCCAUGAUGUUGAAGUAUUGCAGCGUGUCAGCACCCAAAAGAAGCCGCGUGGAAAAAGUGGGAAGUUCGAGAAAAGAUUGUGAGGGACAUGAGCUCUCAUUUACUAUUCCUGAUAGGAGCGACUUGGAGUCAUCGGAUGAAGAAGACAGCACUCAGGAAGGUCAAAUAAUUUCCCAAUCUAAGUUGAGGAGUAAAACUGUUGAAGCUGAGAAUGAAGGUGAAUCUACUCAUCAGUUGGAGAAUCUUCAGGAAUCAACCCCUCAACCUGGCCCAUCGCAUCAACAAGGUAGGAGCACACAGAAAAGGGCUGUCAUUUGGAAAAAAAAGAAUUUAGAUCACCAGAUAAAAGAAACGACCACAACCUCAUCAAAGAAUGAUGAUGCGAUUGAUGAACCUGAUGUCAAUCUUCCCAGUACAAGUGGUUGUACAGGAAAUGCAGUGCCUGAUCAAAAACAUCAGAAUAUUCGAAACCCAAUCACAGAGUCUUAUGAAAAAAUUGCAUCUUUGAAAGAGGGUGGUGACAGACAUUCAACCAUCACUCUGUGCAUCUUAUUCUUCAUCUGCAAGGAUAUGCGACCAUUCCAAGUUAUUGAAGGAAAAGGCUUCAAACGGCUUAUGAAGGAAUUAGCUCCAGGCUACAAAAUCCCAUCAGUAAAAUACAUAAAGAAAAGGCUCGCCGAGAAGUUUGAAUCAUGUUCUACAAAAUUUAAGGAGUUAUUGUGCAGUGUGAACAGCCUCUGUCUGACAACAGAUAUUUGGACAGAAACAAUGAGUGAAAAAAGUUAUCUUGGUGUCACGGUUCAUUUUUUCAAGGACACAAAAGCAAUCAAUUUAAAUCUUGCAGUGAAAGAGUUGAAAUUAAGUCAUACCUCGGAUUAUAUUUCUGAGGUUCUGGGAGGAAUCUGUGAGGAAUGGGGAAUUAAAGCUUCAGCUAUACAGUGCAUAGUAACAGAUAAUGGAGCAAACAUUGUCGCAGCUGCAAAAAGAUUUGCUGGGGAGAGAAGCCAACUGCCCUGUUUUGCACAUACCUUGAAUUUGGUUCUUGAGACUGCAACUGAUCAUGACUCAAUUAAAGAAAUUAUAAAAAAGGUAAGAGAAAUUGUCAAGUGGGUGAAAAAUAGUGUGAAUAUCUCAGACAAGCUACGGGAAAUCCAGGUGAAUAGUGGAAUUGCUGAGGGAGCAGUUAAAAAGUUAAUCCUGGAUGUCAAGACACGAUGGAACUCAACAUAUUACAUGCUUGAGAGAUUUAUUGAAAUGUUGAAGAUAGUUUCUGAAAUUCUACUUGAAAAAACAACAGGGCCUGAAAUGUUGACUUCAACUGAAAUUGAUGUGAUAAAACAGUUGAUAUCUCUGUUCAAACCAUUUGAGUUUGCGACUAGAGAAGUAUCAGGUGAAAAUUUUGUCACAAUAUCAAAAGUUGUUCCCAUAGUAAGCUGUUUGGUGUCACAACUGGACAAAUUUAAAACUUCAUCAGUUGCUGUGGAGCAAGUCCUGGAUUGUGUGAAAAAGGAAGUACAAAAACGAUUUGGGGCUAUUGAGUACAACAACCAUGCUGCUGUGGCUACACUUUUGGAUCCACGAUUCAAGAACCUCCAUUUCAGAGAUCCUGUUGCAUGUACUAAGGCAAUUAAAAAGCUGAGGGACUUGAUCAAAUUGGAAGCUUCAGUAUCUACAAGCUCAGAAUCAGAUGAAGGCAUGGCUGCUAGUUCAUCACAGGCAUAUGACUUCUGGCAACACCAUAAAGAACUGGCACAUUGGCAGAAGAAAAAAAAGUCAAGUAGGGGUAGUGAGGGAGAUGAACUUUCUGUAUAUCUAGGGAAUCCAGUAGCUCCACUGAAAUCAAAUCCUCUGGAACAAUGGGAUGAGAUGAAAAGUGUGUUUCCCUUACUCUACAAACAAGCAAAAAACGUUUUAGUUGUUGUUGCAUCUUCUGUUCCUUGUGAACGUUUAUUUUCAAAAGCAGGUGCCACUGUAACAAAGACAAGGAACAGACUCUCUGGGAAACACCUGGAAAAGCUUUUGUUUCUUGGAGGUUUAGAUGAUGAAGAGUUUUUUCAGGGUGAAUGGUGA